AUGGCUGAACUGCAACCAAACGGCGGCGUUACUCCUUCUCUCCCGUCAACCUCAGCCGAAGCGCUGACGAUUAACGCCGCCGGUGGAUCCAAACGAUUGAGGAGACCAAGCGUUCGAUUAGGCGAGAUCGGCGGCGACUACCACCACGCGGCGUACGAUUUUCCGGUGAGGAAACCGAAGUGGGCACCGACGGCGACAUGUAACAAGACCAAACCGUCGACGAGGACCCGAGCCCUGACGAAUAUUGGAACCCUAGAGGAUGAUAAUGUUGAUUCUUUUGGUGUGGUUGGGAGUUGGCGGGUCAAGAAACGGGUCGGGUCGGCGAAGCGGGUUAGAUCCAGUUGGGAUGAGAAAGGGGAAGAAAUGGAAGGUGGGUUUAGGGAUUUCAGUAGAGAGGAUUCGGAGAGUCCGGUAAAGGAGGAGUCUUUAGUGAGAGAUGGUGGUGGGUUUUACGGUAGAGAAGGGGUCAAGAUUUGGUUGCAAGAGUUAGGGUUAGGGAGGUAUUGGCCAAUGUUUGAGAUACAUGAGGUUGAUGAUGAGGUUUUGCCUUUGUUGACUUUGGAAGAUUUGAAAGAUAUGGGGAUUAGUGCUGUUGGGUCGAGAAGGAAGUUGUUCUCUGCUAUUCAGAAGCUUGGUAGGGAGUUCUCAUGAUAGUGGAGGAAUCUUGAUAGGUUAAACAUGUUUUUUUUGCUGUUGUUUUUGUUGGUGAGAUAGUCAGUCAUAGCGAUGUAAGCUUGCAAUGUCUGAAACCACGAAUGAAAGGCUUUUACUUCCUUUUUUGUUAUAAUAUUUCAUUCCUC